AUGGUCCACGAGUAUUUGGUGACGAUCCCAACUUUCAUUCUCUUGUGCCAUAGAUGUCUCCCCCUAUGCGGUGGAAGUGGCUUCACAGCUCGACUAAACGCAGAAAAUAAAAACACCGCCGGAAAGACCCACGAAACUGUGUGUUAA